AUGCAACAGCGAAGGGGCAGUUUGGGCAGUUUGGGGAAGGAUUCGAAGAUCCAUUGGUGCCCUGGCCCUGCUAGUUGCUACGGAUGGUGUACUUGGUCGUCACGUCACGGCACAUCAUCUGCAGGCGCGAGAUGGCCGGGGUCCCCCACUAUCGAUGCAACGACGCCUCACCCGCCGUCCGACUUUGAAGACACACCCACAAGUUCACAAGUACAUGGCACCCACGACACACCCAAGGAACAGAAGGAGAAGGAGAAGAAGGAGGAGGACGAUGAGAAGAAGGAACGUGGAGGACGGUAG